AUGGAAACCUCGUUUUGGUACGAGAAAGCCCCCACGAUCACCACCCAGAACCCUCUGUUCUUUAUCCAGCCCCCACGAUCACCACCCAGAACCCUCUGUUCUUUAUCCAGCCACCACGAUCACCACCCAGAACCCUCUGUUCUUUAUCCAGCCCCCACGAUCACCACCCAGAACCCUCUGUUCUUUAUCCAGCCCCCACGAUCACCACCCAGAACCCCCUGUUCUCUAUCCAGCCCCCACGAUCACCACCCAGAACCCUCUGUUCUCUAUCCAGCCCCCACGAUCACCACCCAGAACCCUCUGUUAUUUAUCCAGCCCCCACGAUCACCACCCGGAACCCUCUGUGCUUUAUCCAGCCCCCACGAUCACCACCCAGAACCCUCUGUUCUUUAUCCAGCCACCACGAUCACCACCCAGAACCCUCUGUUCUCUAUCCAGCCCCCACAAUCACCACCCAGAACCCUCUGUUCUCUAUCCAGCCCCCACAAUCACCACCCAGAACCCUCUGUUCUUUAUCCAGCCCCCACGAUCACCACCCAGAACCCUCUGUUCUUUAUCCAGCCCCCACGAUCACCACCCAGAACCCUCUGUGCUUUAUCCAGCCCCCACGAUCACCACCCAGAGCCCUCUGUUCUCUAUCCAGCCCCCACGAUCACCACCCAGAACCCUCUGUUCUUUAUCCAGCCCCCACGAUCACCACCCAGAACACUCUGUUCUUUAUCCAGCCCCCACGAUCACCACCCAGAACCCUCUGUGCUUUAUCCAGCCCCCACGAUCACCACCCAGAACCCUCUGUUCUUUUUCCAGCCCCCACGAUCAUCACCCAGAACCCUCUGUUCUCUAUCCAGCCCCCACGAUCACCACCCAGAACCCUCUGUUCUCUAUCCAGCCCCCACAAUCACCACCCAGAGCCCUCUGUUCUCUAUCCAGCCCCCACAAUCACCACCCAGAACCCUCUGUUCUUUAUCCAGCCCCCACGAUCACCACCCAGAACCCUCUGUUCUUUAUCCAGCCCCCACGAUCACCACCCAGAACCCUCUGUGCUUUAUCCAGCCCCCACGAUCACCACCCAGAGCCCUCUGUUCUCUAUCCAGCCCCCACGAUCACCACCCAGAACCCUCUGUUCUUUAUCCAGCCCCCACGAUCACCACCCAGAACACUCUGUUCUUUAUCCAGCCCCCACGAUCACCACCCAGAACCCUCUGUGCUUUAUCCAGCCCCCACGAUCACCACCCAGAACCCUCUGUUCUUUUUCCAGCCCCCACGAUCAUCACCCAGAACCCUCUGUUCUCUAUCCAGCCCCCACGAUCACCACCCAGAACCCUCUGUUCUCUAUCCAGCCCCCACAAUCACCACCCAGAGCCCUCUGUUCUCUAUCCAGCCCCCACGAUCACCACCCAGAACCCUCUGUUCUUUAUCCAGCCCCCACAAUCACCACCCAGAGCCCUCUGUUCUCUAUCCAGCCCCCACGAUCACCACCCAGAACCCUCUGUUCUCUAUCCAGCCCCCAUUUUGAGAGGAGAUGUGUCGUAA